CUCAAUUUAGCUAUUUCUACCAUAUUACCUUUGCAGUACAACUUUGUGGGCCGCCUCCUUGGUACUAGAGGGAACUCUCUCAAGCAAGUGGAGGCAAAUACUGAAUGCCAUGUCUUGAUCAGAGGGUGUGGCAGCAUCAAAGAUCCAACUCGGGUAGUAAUAAUGUUGCCUCAGUAUUCUUUCUAACUGAGGAAGCAUGCAUGCAUGUCCACAUGUGCAAAACAAGUGGAAACAACACUAGGAAUGCUUAGAACCUGUGAUAUUCUAAACCGAAAAAAAAAAAACUGUCGAGUACCCUACCCUCUCUCCUUCCCUCCCCUUCCUGGGGUCACAAACUUGAGACCUACACAGCUUUCAACUCAUCAUCCCUAAGCAAGACACAUAUUUGGGAUGCCAAUUUUCUGUUCUUUAAUGUUUGGUCUUGUUGUUGCUAGCCAUGGGAACUUGGCUGCAAAUUUCCACGUGCAAUUAGGCAUUCUAAAUAUGGUGCACUUCACAGUGUUUUGAAGGCUACACAUUACACCAUUCUGUUCAGGACUUGGUCACUAGUUGUUUGAGUCUAAAACAUGAUGAUAUGUUUCUCUUGGGGUUUAUGCAGUGGAUUACAAUUCCCGAUGUCAUUGAAAAUGAAUGGUUUAAGAAAGGAUAUAAGCCGCCCAGUUUCGAUACUGCAGAUGUAACCAGUCUCGAUGAUGUGGACUCCAUUUUCAAUGAAUCUGGGGAACCUGGAAAUCUCGUCGUUGAGAGGAGAGAAGAAAGACUGAUGGUGAUGAAUGCCUUCGAGCUUAUUUCCAUGUCUCAUGGUCUCAAUCUCGGCAUUCUAUUCGAAAAACAGAUGGGUCUUAUCAAACGGGAAACACGAUUUACAUCAAAAUGACCUGCAAGUGAGAUCAUUUCAUGGAUCGAGGAAACCACUGGACCUCUGGGUUUCAAUGUGAAGAAAA